AUGUCAGAACCAGAAUUAAAGGUUUCAGUAUCACAAUUAGCACCAAGUGACAGAGAAGGUUGGUUAACAAAACAAGGUGGUUCAAUUAGAACAUGGAGAAGAAGAUGGUUCGUUUUAAAAGGAAAAAAAUUGUUUUAUUUCAAGAGUAAAGGUGAUAUUGAAGCAACAGGUUUAAUUGAAUUAGAACAAAAUUCAUUUGUAAAGGAAGAAAAAGAUAAAGAUAAGAAAAAGAAAUACAUGUUCACAGUUGGAACAUCAAAGAGAGUAUUUUACAUAUUUGCAGAGACUGAAACUGAUAUGAAACAAUGGAUGGAGUCAAUUAAACGUAAUUUAGAUGGCGAAGGUGGCAUGAAGAGUGGAGGUAACGAUAUUGUUUCUUCACCAAAAAUCAACAGCGAACCAACACCAAAAGUAAACCAAAAUGGAUCAGCACCUGAAAAAUCAUCAUUAUCAUCACCAAGAUCAAAGAUAUCAAAUGCCAAAUCAAUCAUUCCAUUCUUAAGAGAAGAGGAGAGUAAAGUACUUGAAUUUUGGCAAAUUUGGUCAGAAUCAAUUCCACCACAAUCAGAUUUACAAAGUGGAACAGCUAUUGAAUUCCAUGUAGCAACAUCAAUAGAUAUGCAAAAGUUAACAUGGAGAACUGCAGGUCCACAAAAUAUUUUCAUUCAAAAGAUGGUAGAUUUCUUCUGGAAUGUAGGUGCGCCAGAAAGUGAAAUCGAUAGAUUAAAUGAUGUAGGUGCAAUCAUUAACCCUGUAAAGAUUGGUUCUUGGAUUGAUAUGUCUGAUAAAGGUGGUAUGGAUGGUGGUUGGUAUUUCCCUGUUGAUAUUCCAUUAAAAUUAGCUAUUGAAGCUUCUGAUGCUGGCGAACCAACUCGUAAAUUAUCAGAAUGGGCAGAAUCAAAUGAAGUUGUAAAUUGUUAUUCAAUUGGUCGUGAUAUGGGUGCUGCACCACCAAGACAAACUGAAACUAGAUUUAAAUUACCAGGUCCAGAUUUUAUAGCACAAUUAAAUUUGGCAGUUGAUGCAUUCAAAACCUUUGAAUUCCCACCAAUUCCAUCAAAUGCAUUGGAAAUUUUAUAUCAAAGUUCAAAUACUUUAGAGGCUGGUGGUUUAUGUCUCAGUGUAAUUACAUCAAGUGAAGGUUUCGUUAGAUUAGGUCUUUUAAUUCCAAAACCAACUCGUGAUGUUGUUGGUCAACUUUGUGAAAUUGGUCAAGCUAACAGAGAAAGAAUCUCCAAAUUUGAAACAGCAUUGGGUGGUUGUGGUCCAGCAUUUGUUGAAUUCCAAUAUUUACAAAAAGGUUUUGGUUAUACAGUCUAUAAGGAAGGUUUCGAUAUUGUUUUCCAUUAUAUGGUUGGUGAGGAUCAAUCCGAAUAA